CAUCCCCUUAAAAGUGCAAUUAUGUAGCGUUGACAAUUAUUAUAGGUUCUUCCUAGAAGCAGGUCGCAUGUAGACUCAGAUCCUGUGUGGCUCGCGACUCCGCGGAGGCUGCAGUGUUAUGUAGUUGGACCACCAUGCAGGUCGCCACGCUCACAUGGUUGCUAUCCUCGCUGGCAGUGGCCGCGGCAGUGAACGUCACUCUGUUAGACACGGGGGACCUCAACGCGCGGCUCGAGUCCAACCGGUUUGGGGGACUCAACCUGCUGCUUAAACGACGGGGCGUGUCGGAAGUCGUCGCUGUGAUUGGUCGCCGCACCGGCGCCAUCAAAGACGUCGUUCAGGACGGAGACGUGGUCAUCCAGUUCGCGAAUGAGACAACAGUACGCAUCAGUACAGACAUCAUUGAGGAUGGAAAGGGACAGCUAUUGACUGUCACCUGGGAGUCACCUAAGACGCUGAGGCUCGAAGACUGCAUCAAUCUGGGUUUCACUCUAGGCACUCGCAACUGGUACGGAGGUCCGCAGCAGAAACGCCAGUACUGGCCCAUAGAGAAGCUUGUCCUUCCAGACUACUCCUACAUCACUAAAGAUGCAGACAAUUGCGCUGUGUCCGAGCCCUACUGGCUGAACUCUGAGGGCAUAUUCUACUACUUCGACAAGAAAGUCCCCUUAUUUGUUGAUCAGAAUGAUCUGGAAAAGAACGCAGCAUGCUUCAUAGCCCAGAUAACCCCCCCAUACUCUUCGAAACGGCCUAGAAACGAGCUGACAUACGCUAUAGGGAUCCUAGAGGAUGUCAGACAAGCGCACGAAUACGCAGUCAAAGAGUACAUAGGGAAACCAACAGGGAUACCAGAUAUCCGCAUGAUAACGUAUCCUAUCUGGUCUACGUGGGCUCGGUAUAAGCGCAACGUGGAUCAUAACGUCGUCAUGAGAUUUGCUGAUGAGAUUACUAGCAAUAACUUCCCAAACAGUCAGCUGGAGAUUGAUGAUCUGUGGGAGUCGUGCUACGGGUCCAUGACGGUGGAUCGCGACAGGUUCCCGAACAUGAGGGAGACAGUGGAUAGACUCCAUGCGAAGGGGUUCCGGGUCACGUUGUGGGCUCACCCGUUCAUCAAUAAGGGAUGCGAGCCCUGGUAUUCGGAGGCUAAGAGCAAAGGAUACCUAGUGAACUCUGAGUACGGCUCAGCAGAGACCAGCUGGUGGAACGACAACGGCACUACAACCGCCUACAUCGACUUCACCAGACCCGACGCCAGGACCUGGUACGUGGGUCGGCUGAGAAGGCUGCAGGCUCAGUACGGCAUCGACAGCUUCAAGUUUGAUGCCGGAGAGUCGAGCUGGUCUCCUCAGAUCCCGGUCCUGAUGGGCGACAUCCGGGACCAGCCCGGGGUCAUCACGGCGGACUACGUGCGCGAGGUGGCGCUCUUCGGACCCAUGGUCGAGGUCCGGAGUGGGUACAGAACCCAAGACCUGCCCAUCUUCGUGCGUAUGAACGACAAAGACACCUACUGGACCUUCGAGAACGGUCUACCGACCCUCAUCACCACAUUACUACAGAUGAACAUCAACGGCUACCCGCUGGUGUUGCCAGACAUGAUCGGGGGGAACGGUUAUUCUGAGGAACCGAGCAAGGAGCUGUUCAUCCGCUGGCUGCAAGCGAAUGUGUUUAUGCCGAGUAUGCAGUUCAGUUAUGUGCCGUGGGAUUUCGAUGCUGAGACGGUCCGCAUCAGCCGCAAGUUCGUGCAACUCCACGCGCAGUACGCCCCACAGAUCGUGGCUGCGUGCCGGCGCGCGGCGCAGACCGGCGCGCCCGUCAACCCGCCCGUGUGGUGGAUCGCGCCCACCGAUGUCUCCGCACUUGAUAUAUGGGAUGAGUUCCUCCUAGGCGAAACCAUCCUCGUCGCCCCAGUCAUAGAAAAAGGCUCCCGCGCUCGCGACGUCUACCUGCCGGCGGGGCGCUGGCUGGCGCAGGGCGACCCGGGGCGGGAGCUGCGCGGCGGGGACUGGUACAAGGAGUACCCGGCCCCGCUGGAUACACUGCCCUUCUUCGUCAAGAUCGAUUAGGGCGUAUCGACGGUAAAAUUGUUUAAUCCGCGCUAUUUAUGACGAAUCAUGUAGUGAUAUUUAUUGACAUUCAUAAAAUCGUUUAAUGCGUGUUUUACCAACUAAAGCGCCGUGUAUAUGGCGUAUCGCGAUAUAGCGACAUACCCGUCAUUCGAUACCCUGCCCUUCUUCGUCAAGAUUGAUCAGAUAACAUUUAAUUAGGUAUUGAAAAAUAAUCAACGUCAAUAAAAUCGUUCGGUUACAGCAGUCACGGCGCCGAAAAAGGUGUAAUGGACUCACUAUUUACUAUGUGUGUGUUUUGUAAAAUCUAGACGCUUUUUAAACUUAUGUUGUACUUAUAAUCGUAAAUAUUUUUUAUCUACAUAAUAUAGUAAAAGUACUUUAGCUAUUUAAGGAAUUAUAUUUAUAAAUACUUUA